CCGGGCGGGGCUUGCUGUGCGGUCUGAGUGCCUCAGAUCGUGGAAAACGUCUGUGCCAGAGCUUGAUAAUUACGCAAAGCGAGACACUUUAAAACGUAGCUAGAAAGUUUUAAAGCUUCGACCAAACAUUAACGUUUCCUAAAAACUUAAGUAGCCGCUAAAGAGGAAAAGCCAACAUGAGGCUUUGUUUGAGUGCUUCUGUUUUACUUCUUUUUCUUGUUUCUGGAACUUUAACGCAAGAUUUUGACCUGUUCGAUGCUCUUGAUGAUGUCACACAAAAGCCCAAAGAGAUCACGAAGGCUCCAGAGAAACCUAAAGCUGGUGGUGAACUAGACCUUUCUGAUGCAUUUGGACCAGAUGAGGUAACGACGAAGGCACCCAAGAAACCUAGUUCUGGAGGUUCAGAUGGUGGAACUUUUGAUGACAAAGACUUGUUCGACAUUGGUGGUGGUGGGGACUACAAGCCUGAUGGAGGCCGGUCAGGAGGCCGUGCAGUGGACCCAGGCCACGAUCCUCAGGGUGGUGCUGAUCAGCCUCAAGCUGAAUCUGGGAAGAUCGCAGGAAUUGCGAGUGCCAUAGGAGUCGCUCUGUUGGGAGCAGCAUCCAGUUACUUUGCUUACCAGAAGAAAAAGCUCUGCUUUAAGCUGCAGGGAGGUGCAGAUCCAGAGAGCGGUAAAGAGCAGCAUGGUACUCAGUCUGAUCCUCAAGUUUUCAGCAACCUGCUCAAGUCAUCCUAAACCCCUCCUGCACCCACAAGACAAGUCAGUGGCCUUCUCCACAGAACUCAACUUCAUCAUCUUCCAGUCAGCUGUCAUUUGUCGUCUUUGGUCAGAAAAUUAGACUCUCUCUGGGUCUUACUGUAGUUUAAACCAUAAAUACAACUUAAACUGAAAAUAAAGUUAGUUAGAAAUAUCGUUUAUUUUCUUUUGAUUUUUAACAAAACUUAAAUCCUAGAUGUUGUUCAGUGAUGAUUUCAACAGGCAGUGGUUUUGCACAGAGCUUAGUUUGUGUGGAACUUCUUCUGUAAACAUGAAUACGUUGUGUUGUUUUGUCUUUUAAACUCUGACACUAUAGGUUUUGCAAAUAAAUAUGUGUGAUUAGUUUAACAUAGUUGCUCCUGGGUGGGGUUUACUGCAUCAUACAAGUGGAAUAAAAAGAAAAGAUUCUCUCCUGUGAUGGUCCAAACUGAAACCUGAGCGGACCCCACCCAGCUGGCAUCUAAGAAGGAUCCUGAGGUAUUUUGGCUUAGAACGGAUGUCAAGUAUUUUCUUUAGCACCUUAAAUCCUAAAGGGUUUGUUCCCCCAAACCAGGUGAUUUGCUCAGGUGUUGAGAUAUUUUCUUUUACUUUUUUUUUGUGAACCAACCAUUUAAUGCAGAGUCUGCCUUAACCGUGUACCGUAAAUUCUCAAAUAGAAGCCUUUACUCAAGUAACGACGAGGGGCGUGGCCAGCGCAAACAAAUCAAGGCUGUUAAAUAACUUGUACCUGCACCCUGGUGGCUCACAUGUCAUGUCAUACUCACCUUCCCGCUGCUCUGUGUCUAUCACAAAGUCACUAAUUCACUCCAAUGACUUCUACUUUUUUUGUCGUUAAGCGACUGUCAAUGAAAGUGAAGACUUCUUCCUGCAGAUGUUUCAAACUAAACCCAAGGCAGUGAUGGAGGGAAAUCAUUAGUGAUUCAAAACAUUAUUUCUAUUGGGUCAGAGAAGCUCAGAGAAACAGAGUGGUGAGAUUGACAUGGCUGUGAAAACACGGAGGAAGUGACGAGUUCGGCACAAAACGACAAAUUCCUGAAACACAGUAAAAUUAAAGCCUCUUUCAGAUGAAGGUCAGGUUCUAUCUGCAGUUGAGGCAGCUAUUUGAGAAUUUACAGUUAUCCUAUCUACAGCAAAACACAAGUGUUUUAAGUUGUUGUGUUGACAUGAUCAUCAUAGAGCUGGAUCUGAAUCCAGCAGAAGGAGCUUUAAUUAAUAUGAAAUGCUGAUUGUGAUGCGAGCAGAUGGAGUUUAUGAAACACAAAGCCGACACAUCUAAUAAAUUGUACACAAUGUUAGUGAGGUGUCAUUGGAAGUGAGAUGGCUUAUCAUGUAAAUGUAACUUACAGUACAGGAAUCCGCUUUUUGUUUGUCGUCAUGUUGGGGAUUGAGCCAACAUAAGUCUACUGCAAAAUACAUUUUCUCUCUGUGAUUUGAUUCCUUCUUUAAAUCAAAUUUUCUUAAAGCUGCAGUAAUCAGUGUUUUUUAUAUUAACAGCGAUUAAAGUGACAAUGUGAAAUGUGGUGCUUGUAAACCCACAGAUAAUUCCCCUUUUUAUUUAGCUUGUUAAUUUGGUUUUAAGGCCCAGGAAUAUUUCUCAUCAAAGUUAGCAACUAGCUGGUGUGCACACAGAGCAUUUAGAAGAUGAAGAGCCAGAUAUGAGUUACAUUCAGCAAGCAGACACAAACGCAAUUCUGAUGUUGCUCUCUGUGUACUCAGUGUGUAAAUAGUCAACUAACAUCUUAUCCAGAACCGCUUUAUAGGUUUAAAUGAUGUGUUCCACUGCCCUCUAGUGAUCAAAAAUAAUUAAUGCAAGUGAAACAUGAAACCAUCAAAACUUGUUACUACAAACUUCUUGAAACAAGAUGAUUUUUGUCGGACAGGUUGUCAUAUUUAGACUUUUUGGAAUCGAAAUAUUGGACAGAAAUGACCUGAUCUUUUGCAGUCCGCGUAUUUGAUCAGUUUUAUUACUCGGCUUUUAAUCACUUUCUGCUUGCCUUUGUAGAGGAGUAACGCUCUUUCAUCCACAAUUAUGAUCAUCAACAAGUACUCUGCAUUGUGUUAUUCAUGGUCGUUCUCUCAGACUCGCCCAUGUGUCAUCAUUUUAUGAGCACAUAAAGUAGCUAUAAUCACAUCAGAACGAUUGUAUCAGAGGAUUCUGAUUAGUAUGAUGGUAAAAUAUUCAAAUUAAUUGCACCGUUGAGAGCUGUAAAUACUUAAAAAUAAUGUGUAUAGAUGCCUGCUGACCUUUGCUUUAGGCUUGAUGCUGCAUUGUGCUUUGGAUCUCAGUUUGAAGUGCAUUUUUUGGAGACUUUUGUAUUAGAAUUUAUCUCAGUUUUACAAGCAUAGACUUAAGCCGGGUAUAUUACAUCUGAUGAUUGGAUCAAUGUUACUUUUGUGAGUGGAUUUAAAGUGUGUGUACAUGUUUUAAUAAAAGUUGUGUUUUACAGUU